UUCUUCCAAGUUGUUUCCCAUCAGGGAGAAAGUUAGGGGAAAAACUCCAGCUAUUUUUUUAUAUUUUUUCCAAAGCACUUUCAUUGACAAAGAAAAAUCCCAAAGUAGUUAGUAUAAUUAGCAAAAGUGUUUUCUUUUUAAUACAAAAUUAAAAUUCAGAUUGAGCUUUAUUUGUAACAUUCAUUCAAUCAUUGCCCUCUCCCCCAGAGAAUAUGACCCAUUCUCUCCGCCCCUCCACUGAAAGGCAGGCCAGGCUGAAUGGUAACUAACCACAACAAAAGGGCUGUAUCGUACCUUGGUAACCUGACGCUUAGUUUUAUGUUGAUACUUCUUGCUAGUACAGCACCAACUGCUGCAAAAGACAGCUGAAGAUAGGAAGAAUCGGGUACUUAUAAGUGACCAAAAGAUUCACCUACACCAUGAGUCAAAUGGAAAUCAUGGGCCACACCCAGACGGCCUCAUACAUGACUGGGCCAAAACUGGGUGGAUCCGGAGCUCCGACCUUCCUACCCUCCAUCAGCACUAUGCAGUCUUCUUACAAAGCCUACGACACCUACCCCGCUCCCUCACCUCUUAGACGCUCCCUCACCACCCUCCCAUGGAGACCCAGCACCUAUUACCAGACCGCUAAAGUCAACCCUAGUAUGGCUGUCACCAGAAGCUUGCCAGAGCCUCUGUCCAUGCAGAACCAACUGUCACAGUUAGAUGCCAUUAAGGUUCCCCCAGUGUUUGCCGCUGCCAGGAAUGCCCUGUACACCCGUUACACCCCAAAUGACUGGUCCCAGUCUAACAACUCUAACUACAUGGCAUCCGACCGCGUCAGGAGCAGCGCUGAACGUCUCAGGCUUGACACCGUGCGUCUAUGCCGGGAGACCGACGACAAAACCAAGCGCACCCAGACCGAUGUCGGCAAACGUCUUGGAGAACGUAUAGGGGAUAUUCAGUUCUGGAAGACCGAGGUCCAGCACGAGACCGACCAGAUGAUCACUGAGAUCAACGCCCUGGUCGAGCACAAGAGAGUCCUGGAGAAGGCCCUCCAGGAGACAGAGAACCCACUUCAUAUUGCCCAAGAGUGCCUGUACAACCGUGAGAAGAGACAGGCCAUUGACCUUGUGCACGAUCACGUAGAGAAAGAAUUGAUUAAGGAAGUCGACAUAAUCAAGCGUUGCCAGGAGAAGAUGAGACAGACCAUUGAGAGAGCUAACAUGCAACUCAGUCUGAACCGUGCAGCUCAGCAUGAACUUGAGAAGGACACUGGGGAUAAAUUCAUGGCCCUCAAUCUGGACACCAACUGCCACGGCAUGAAGAACACUUCUCGUGGCAUGGCAUUCCAUAAUGGCAUUGAGAGAAUUGACAACACUGUGUCUGUACCCGAAACAUGGGCUAAGUUUAGCAAUGAUAACAUCCAGCGUUCCCAGAGCGAGAGAGCUGCUUCCAAGCAAAUGCGCAAUGAAAUCGAAAGCGUACUCACUCAGUGCUCAAACGAAAUGUGGCAACAAUGGAACGCAGUCAAUAACGCCUUUACUCAGAGGAUCCAGGAAUCUACAGAAGCCAGAAACAGGCUGCAGACCCAUCUUUCUAAGGUUCUUCAAGAAAUUUUCGACAUGGAGAAGAACAUUGAACUUCUCAAGAAGGCUAUCAGCGAUAAGACCGCCCCCAUGCAAGUGGCCCAGACUCGUCUCGAGACAAGGACACACCGCCCGAACGUGGAACUGUGCAGAGACCCUGUUCAGCACCGACUGGUCGAGGAAGUGUACGAAAUCACUGAAACCGUCGAACAGCUGCAAGCUAAGCUGCGCCAGGCAGAGAAUGCUCUUCAACACCUGCUUCGUACUAAAGCUACUCUGGAACAGGACUUGUCUGUCAAGAACAACAGCUUAUUCAUUGAUAGGGAAAAGUGUAUGGGAAUGCGUAAGACAUUCCCCAUGACACCAAGAAUCGCGUCGUAUUAAAACUGGACUUAGGACAACAUAUUAAACAUUUUCCAAGGACAACUCUUAUAGAAUUUCGGACAGCAACUCAAUUCAGUAUUAUAGGAAUAUAUUUAAAGUGACUUAAUCUGCUUAAAACGCAAUAUUACGAGAAACAGUUGCGUUGCAAUAUGAACUGAAGCAAGAAAUAAGCCGAAAACUUGUGAGAAACACUCUAAUCCAAAUUUUGACCAGUGAUUUUGGCACCAAUGUUUAGGCACCAAGACUUGUAGUGAUAGUUUUGAUUUAGUUUGAAAAACGAAACAAGUAUCUUUGUUUGCAUAAUAUUAGCAUCAGUGAAAUUCCAACAUUUUGAGUGAAGUGUUCUCUGGACAAGUACGUGCUGUUUUAUGGAAGGGGUGUAAAUAACAGAUCUUGUAUAUAUUUUAAUGAACAAGGCCAAAAAUGCCAAAUUUCCGUCCAGUGGUUAAUCUGCUGAAUAUAAUUUUAAAAUUGUAAGCCACCCAUCAGUACACACAAUCUCACAAAGACUUUGCUCAACAAAAUUAUCUUUAUCAAUAUCAAAAUUAUUGUGAUCUUGCUUGUAGUAGUACUGUUUCAGUAUUCUAUUUUGCUUACAUCGUUUAUUCUAUUAAUUACUGCUACAUUCCAUAUGUGUUGUACAUUAUACGCUACAGCUUUUGUUGUUAACAUUCACAUAUCUCUCAAGCAAAGCAUAGGAAAACUAAUCUGACAAUCAAAACUAGAAAAAAACUAAGUGCUCCACUUUUACAGCAGUUAUUUUAGAGGGCAGCACGAAAAUUCCCUACAUUUCGUAAGAUCUCAUUGUUGUAAAAAAGCUCGCCAAAUCUCAUCUGUAACUCAAGUGACCGGGUGUUUGCUCAAUUUUAUUAUUCCAUGUCACCGAGUGAUGAUAUUUGUACAGGUGUGACUUAUUUAUCACAAUAAAGUUUGGAAACACA